AUGAAUGACCAAGGCCAAGGGACUAUAACGAAACAAGAUGAGGUGGCCUCCAAGACUGAAAGCGGUAGCUUUUUGAACCAAGCAGUGCAUGGAAUCAACGAUAAACUGGCGUUUCGGUGGCGCCGAAGAAUCGCCCAGGUGAGCGACACACCACCUCCUGCAACGGUGGAAAUGGGGGACAUCGAUGAAGUGUACGAAGGCGAUGACAGAAGUCGUGAUAUCUAUUAUGAAAAUGCCGAAACCCACCUGAAUCUCACAAAUUUGAACUCCAGGGCGUUUUUGCAACCGGCACGCCCGCAGUCGCAACUCAUGUCAGUCUUGGUGGGCGUUUUCGUUGCCGUUGGGGGCUUUUUGUAUGGAUACGAUACAGGUCUCAUCAACAAUAUAUCUGGCAUGCAGUACGUGAAGACUCAUUUUGCUAGUAAUGGUGAGCAGUUUACGGCCAAAGAGAUGUCAAUUUUGGUAUCCUUCCUGUCUUUAGGGACCUUUUUCGGCGCGCUGGCCGCGCCCUUUAUUUCGGACUCAUAUGGGAGGAAGACCACAAUUAUUAUCAGCACCUUUUUCGUGUUCAUGGUAGGAAACUCGUUACAGGUAGCAGCGUCUGGAAUGCCUCUUCUUGUUGCUGGCAGAGUGUUUUCUGGAAUCGGAGUUGGCUUUAUAUCAGCAGUGGUGCCGUUAUACCAAAGUGAGGCAGCUCAAAAACAAGUAAGAGGAGCUAUUAUUUGCACGUAUCAGUGGGCCAUAACUUGGGGACUCUUAGUGUCCAGCGCCGUGGCACAAGGAACACACAACCGGAAUGACGCGUCUUCUUAUAGAAUUCCCAUCGGACUACAAUAUCUAUGGUCAUGCAUUCUGGGGUUCGGCAUGAUCUUUCUACCGGAAAGUCCUCGCUACUAUGUUCUCAAAGACAAUCUUGACCUGGCAGCAAAGUCGUUAUCCUUUUUAAGAGGUGUACCUGAGGAUGAUACUGGCCUACUGGAAGAAUUGGUAGAAAUUAAGGCAAACUACGAUUACGAAAUGUCGUUUGGGAAGUUUUCGUACUGGGACUGCUUCAAAUCCAGCAAGGGCAGAACUAAGCAAACACUGCGAAUGUUCACCGGGAUCGCCAUUCAAGCGUUUCAGCAAUUUUCUGGCAUCAACUUCAUUUUUUAUUAUGGUGUGAAUUUUUUCAGCAAAGCGGGCAUUGGCAAAAGCUAUUUGAUAUCUUUUAUCACAUAUGCAGUCAAUGUUAGCUGUAACAUCCCCGGAUUAUUUUUGGUAGAAUAUUUGGGAAGGCGAAAAAUCCUGUUGAUAGGAGGCGUAUUGAUGACAAUAUCAAACUUUAUAAUAGCUAUCGUUGGAUGCGUUGCGAAAUCGGUGGUUGUUAAUAAAGUCCUGAUAGCCUUUGUUUGUCUUUUCAUAGCGUCCUUCUCUGCCACUUGGGGCGGCUGUGUUUGGGCAAUCUCAGCGGAACUUUAUCCGCUGGGGGUUCGAUCAAAAAGUACAGCCAUCUGUGCGGCCUCCAAUUGGCUUAUCAAUUUUAUUUGCGCACUAAUCACACCGUACUUGGUCGAUACAGGAGAACAUACUUCAUCUUUGGGAACCAAGAUUUUUUUCGUUUGGGGCAGCUUGAACGCACUUGGUGUGAUAGUGGUAUAUUUUACUGUUUAUGAGACAGGAGGACUGACACUGGAAGAAAUAGAUCUCUUGUACCGGCUAUCUCCCAACAGCGUUGCUUCGACGGCUUGGAACAAACAGAUUAGACACUCUCCCGGUUCAGUUCGCGAAAUCAGGCUUGAUAAUCAAAAUCGAGAAAUGGUGGACAAACCUUCUGGCCCGAACUUGGGUGCGUCGGACUCCAGCUACGAGGAUCAUACGACACUGAAACGUGCCGAGAGUCCUCUUCACAACUAUGUUGACCUCGGAAAUGGGUUGGGGUUGAAUACUUACAAUAGAGGUCCUCCGUCGCUGCUAAUGAACUCGUCUGAUGAGGACGAGGAGGAGGGUGAAGAUGACGACGCCAUGAGUGGCAACCCAGAUCGAACAGCGAUUAAUUUUUCCACCAGUGAUGGUAAUGGAUAUGGCGGUGUGCGGCACCGCGACCAAAGCCAACUUUCUCACGAUGAGGAAGAAAAUACCGAAGGCCGGUCCUUCAAUACUGAGAAUAAUGCAAAUUUCAGCGAGUACGUGGUACGUUGGAUGAACAGCUACAGCGAACAAGGCUCAAAUCCUGGUACAGAGUAA